GUCAGUUUUGACUGGGCAGAACCCAUGAGCAACUUUGGUACUUGCAGCCUGUCAACGGCGCUUUUCUUUUUUCCCUCAGUCCAAAAUCUAGUCCAAUUCAAUGGUUUGGUUUUUUUUUUAUUGACGUAUUCAGCCAUCAGGUCUUUGGUGUUCUGGUUUUUUUGUCGUUGACUUGUGCAGAAGCGCGAGAAAAACCAAAGUGUUUUCCCAUUGAAGUUGAAAUAAAAGCAGGUUUUUUUUCUUCUUUUUUCCUUUUUUCUUGCUGCUCAAUUCAACUCGACUCCUCAUUCUUCAUCUACUUAAAUUCACAUUCAUUAUGUCUGACCAGUUCUCAGAUACGGAAAUUGCUGAUCUUAAGGAGAGCUUCGACACCUUUGACCGCAAUAAUGAUGGUUCCAUUAAUCGUCGCGAACUGCACUCGCUCCUUCACAUCGUUGGACACAAGGUCAAUGCCAAAGGUCUUGAAAACCUUUUGGCCGAGUACGAUGUUGACCUCUCAGGCAGUAUUGAUUUCAACGAAUUUGUGCAACUUGCUCAACAACUGAUCAAGAACAAGAUCAGUAACUAAACAAAUAAAGCAAAAGCAGGACCUUUACAACACAGAACUCCUUGAGGAGUUACACUGCCAAAUAAGUUCUGCCAGCCAUGUUAUAAUUACAUAUAUUUUUCUUUCUAUUAUUCUGUUACAAAUGAGAGAAUGAAGUGACGGUCUGAGCCUCGAUACGAAAUAAAUGUGUAAUCAACGUUCUGUUGAAAGCGUACGAAAC